AGGUGCUGGUCGUUUAUAAGGAGCCCUGCAGCCGGUAGUACAGCGCGUGCAGUGUCGCUUUAAAAGUCCUCCCCUAUUUCGUGAAUUGUGUGAAUGGCCUUCGGUUCUCUCCGAAGCUCUGCUUGUUAUUGUUUUUGCCUUCGCCUUCUCAGUUAUGGCUGCUCAUUCUACUGAAGAGCCGUUUCCCCUCCACGGGCUGCUUCCCAAAAAAGAAACCGGGGCCGCUUCUUUCCUCGCCCGGUAUCCGGAGUAUGACGGUCGAGGCGUCCUCAUCGCCGUCCUUGACACCGGCGUGGACCCCGGGGCCCCGGGAAUGCAGAUCACUACUGAUGGAAAGCCCAAAAUAAUUGACAUCAUUGAUACGACGGGUAGCGGAGAUGUGAACAUGUCGACAGUGGUGGAGCCCAAAGAUGGUGUGGUGCAGGGGCUCUCUGGCAGGACCCUCAAGAUCCCGACAACAUGGGUCAACCCUUCUGGGCGCUACCACAUCGGAAUCAAGAAUGGCUAUGAGUUUUUCCCUAAAGCUUUAAAAGAGAGGCUUCAGAAGGAGCGUAAGGAAAAGAUGUGGGAUCCAGCACACAGAGCUGCUUUGGCCGAAGCAUCUCGCAAGACAGAGGAGUUUGAGAAUUCGCAUCCCUCUCCCUCGCAGGUAGAGAAGCUCUGGAAGGAGGAGCUGCAGUGCCAUUCGGAGCUUCUGGCUUCCCUGGAGAAGAAGUACAGCGACCCAGGCCCUGUGUAUGACUGUGUCCUGUGGCACGAUGGCGUUACCUGGAGGGCGGUGGUGGACACAUCAGAGUGUGGAGACUUGGCUUCUUGUGUCGUGCUGAGCUCGUACAGAGAGAGGCAGGAGUUUGCCUCGCUGGGGACCUGUGAGAUGCUCAACUACUCCAUCAACAUCUAUGAUGAAGGCAACACCCUCUGCAUCGUCACCAGUGGAGGUGCUCACGGGACCCACGUGGCCAGUAUCGCGGCAGGAUACUUCCCGGAGGAACCCGAACGAAACGGCGUGGCCCCCGGGGCACAGAUUCUUGCCAUUAAGAUCGGGGACACGCGGCUCAGCACCAUGGAGACAGGGACUGGGCUUAUUCGUGCGAUAAUAGAGGUCAUCAACUACAAGUGUGACCUUGUGAACUACAGCUAUGGGGAGGCCACUCACUGGCCAAACUCAGGGAGAAUUUGCGAGGUGAUCAGUGAUGCAGUGCAGAAACAUAACAUCAUUUAUGUGUCGAGUGCGGGCAACAACGGGCCCUGCCUGUCCACGGUGGGCUGUCCCGGGGGAACCACCAGCAGUGUGAUUGGUGUGGGGGCGUACGUCACUCCCGAUAUGAUGGUGGCUGAGUACUCGCUGCGAGAAAAGCUUCCGGCAAACCAAUACACGUGGUCGUCCCGGGGGCCGAGCACGGAUGGAGCCCUCGGGGUCAGCAUCAGCGCCCCUGGAGGGGCCAUCGCCUCAGUCCCCAACUGGACGCUCCGUGGGACCCAGCUGAUGAACGGCACCUCCAUGUCUUCGCCCAAUGCCUGUGGGGGCAUCGCCUUGGUGCUUUCGGGGCUGAAACGUUCUGGUAUCCGGCCGACCUUCACCGCGGUGCGCAGAGCACUGGAGAACACGGCCGUGAAAGUGGACGACAUCGAGGUGUUCGCACAGGGCCAUGGGAUUAUUCAGGUCGACCGGGCUUUCGACUACCUCACGCAGCACGCCACCCUGUCCACUAGUAACCUGGGCUUUGCUGUUACCGUGGGACCGCAGCGUGGCAUCUACCUCAGGGACCCCAUCCAAGUCUCUGCCCCAUCCGACCACAGCGUUGGCAUCGAACCCAUUUUCCCCGAGAACACAGAGAACACAGAGCGCAUCUCCCUGCAGCUGCACUUGGCACUGACUUGCAACGCCCCCUGGGUGCACUGCCCCUCGCACCUGGAGCUCAUGAACCAGUGUCGCCAUGUCAACGUGAGGGUGGACCCAGUGGGGCUACGAGAGGGGCUGCACUACACUGAGAUCUGUGGUUUUGAUACCACCGCCUCCAGUUCUGGCCCACUGUUCAGAGUGCCCAUAACGGUUAUAAUUCCUACCAAGGUCACAGAAGCCUGCGGUAACGAGGUCUGCUUCGCCAACGUCCACUUCAGGCCUGGUCAGAUCCGGCGGCACUUCUUCAGCAUCCCUCAUGGGGCGUCGUGGGCAGAGGUCACACUCGCGUCUCAGUCCGGCGACGUGUCUUCCAAGUUCGUCCUGCACGCCGUGCACCUGGUCAAGCAGCGGGCAUACCGGGCCAAUGAGUUCUACAAGUUCUCUUCUCUGCUGGAGAAGGGCUACCUGACGGAGGCCUUCCCCGUGCUGCCAGGGCGGACCAUGGAGUUCUGCAUCGCUCGCUGGUGGGCAAGCCUGGGUGACGUCAACAUCGACUACACCAUCUCCUUUCACGGACUGUCCGUCUCCCCCUCUCCCCUGCACAUUCACGCGUCAGAGGGUGUCUCCAGCUUUGAGGUGCUGUCCUUGCUGAAAUAUGAGGAUAUCGCCCCUAGCAUCACCCUGAAGAAUUGGGUCCAGCCACUGAGGCCACUCAGUUCGAAGGUGAAAGCCCUUGGACCUCGGGAUAUUUUGCCCAACAAUCGACAGCUCUACGAGAUCAUACUCACCUACAGCUUCCAUCAGCCCAAGACCGGCGAGGUGACCCCCAGCUGCCCCUUGUUCUGUGAGCUGCUCUACGAGUCGGAGUUUGACAGCCAGCUCUGGCUCCUGUUCGACCAGAACAAGAGGCUGCUUGGCUCAGGAGAUGCUUAUCCACACCAGUACUCUCUGAAGCUGGAGAAGGGUGACUACACGGUGCGCCUGCAGGUGCGUCACGAGCAGGUCAGCGAGCUGGACCGCCUGAAGGACCUGCCCUUCAUCGUGUCCCACCGCCUCUCCACCACGCUCAACCUGGACGUCUUUGAGACGCACAAGAAUGCCCUACUGGGCAAGAAGAAGGCCAACUCCCUGACCCUGCUGCCAGGCUCUGUGCAGCCCUUCUACGUCACGUUCCUGCCAGAUGACAAAAUUCCCAAAGGGACGGCGCCGGGCUGCUAUCUGACGGGAUCGCUGGUGCUUCCGAAGAGCGAAUACGGAAAGAAAGCAGACAUUGUGCCUGUCUUCUACCAUUUGAUACCUGCACCCAAUAAAGCGAAGAAUGGAGGAAAAGAGAAAGACAAGGACGGAGAGAAGGAGAAGGAUGUCAAGGAGGAGUUCAUCGAAGCUCUGAGGGACCUUAAAAUCCAGUGGAUGACAAAGUUGGACUCUAUAUCUCUGUAUGAGGAGCUGAGGGAGAGCUUCUCUUCCCAUCUGCCCCUGCAUGUGACGCGACUGCACCAGCUGGACUCUGAGAAGGAGCGCCUCAAGCGCCUGGGAGAGAUCGUGGCGGCGGCCGACCUGGUCAUCUCCCACAUCGACCAGACGGCGCUCGCUGUGUAUUUCACCAUGAAGACUGACCCCAGGCCAGAGGCUGCCACCAUUAAAAGCGAGAUGGAGAAGCAGAGGUCCUCCCUGCUGGAUGCCUUGUGUCGGAAGGGCAGCGCCCUGGCUGACCAGCUCCUCCAGCCUCCUCCGCAGGAUGGGGCCAGCGCUGGCGAGGUGGGCAGCUCUGAGGAUGACCCCGGGAGUGUGACCAAGUCCCUGGAAAACAACUACUGGGAGGUGCAGAAGUGGGCGGAGCUCACAGAUUCAAAGGUUUUAUUGUUUGCAUACAAACAUUCACUAGCAAAUAAAAUGUAUGGCAAGGCCCUAAAGUAUGCAUCUAAAAUGGUAGAAGACAAACCCAGCAAGGAGACCUGGAGGAACUGCAUACAGAUGAUGAAGUCUCUCGGCUGGAUGCACUGUGCCUCCUUUGCAGAAAACUGGCUGCCCAUAAUGUACCCUCCAGACUAUACUCCCUUCUAAACAGGGGCUCACUUGGCAGACCGCAACACACAGAUCCCCGUAUGAGGGUAAUGCAGCGCACAAAAACCCAGCGUGCUGAAGUGUGGCGGUGAUGUCGCCGACCCUCCCAGCUUUACCUGCAGAGUGAGGUCACCCCCAGUUGAAUGGGGGAGAGGGCCUCUUGGUUUUUUUUUUUUUUUUUUUUUUUUUUAAGUUGCCUAGCUGAUCCUCAUCUCCAUGGCAACUGACAUCCCGUUCAGGUGUCGGCAGUUUCCACGUCUGCCCCUCGAGACAGCUGGGCAAUAGUAUGUUGAAAGGGGAUUGCCAAAUUCUAGCCGUCUCUACCGGGGGGGGGGGGGGGGUUUACACGUGUUCUCUCAAAUGUUAAAAGGCGACAUAUCUGCCCCUAGUAUUCGUAUGUAUGUAUGCAUGUUACAUGAAGAAGGAUUCACAACCUUUGUCUUUUUUAGAGUAUGACUUUUUUUUUAUUGAACAUAAAUGACCAAUCCUUCAUUAAGCAUGGUAUCAAGUGUGAUUUUUACUUUAACAAAACAAAAAACAAAACACAAAAAAAAGUUUCUUUAAUCUGUGCAUAUCAAAGGUCUUUAGCCAGUCGGGACUUUUUUUUUUUUUUUUUUUUUUUUAUUUUUAAUUUUCAAAUGCCAGCUUCUGUUUGCUGGAAAUGUUUGUAGAAUGAGGUGUUCCUGACUGAAUGCCUGAGGAGGGCUAAGGGAAGCUUUACGGCACCGUACCUUAUUUAGCAGAAGCAAACAAGCCAUAAUGCAAUAGCCACACGCACAUCACGAGCAGAGCCUGGUGGGUGUCGUCCCCCCCCCCCCAGGUUUGGCUUCAUGGUAAUCCGUUCUACAGAGUUACCUCAUUGUAGCAACGUCAUGCCUCUCUAUAAAUAAACUGUAUUAUCCAGACUACCCUGGGUUGGAUUGACAUGUCACAUGGCCUUAACCCUGUAAAAGAUGCUAAAGCAAAGCCUGUCUCACUCAUACCAUUUUAGAAUGUGUAUUUAUGGAAAUGUUUUAUUUAUAAAAAAAAAAAGGUUGAAAUCCCAUAUUUUCAAGAGCAGAUGCAGUUCACAUAUAUACAACUAUUCUCUAUUUCCCUUACCAACAGGAGAAUUUACAUAAGCUGUUUUACUACAAAGUAUGGGUUCUCUGAAACAAUUCAGAAUAAAAUUAUUUGAAAAUGA